GGAUUGUCCAAAAUAUGAGGGAGUUUCCAUACAUGUACGGGUACGUCGGGUCAACGUGCUCGGAACUUGUUGAAAUUUAAUGGCUAAUGUUUGCCUGAAUUUUGUCAGAUAUACUGCUCAUGUAUUUUGGAUAUCAGAACCGGGGAAGUUUUCUCACCGACACCAUGACGUCCACUCCCAGGAGCUGUGUGAUGCUGCAGCAAUUCUUCAUUUAUAACCCAACACUCGGUCCGAAAGAGGGUGAGGAAGAAAAGAAGAUUCUCUUCUAUCAUCCAAGGAAUACAAGCAUUGAUAACCAGAUCAAAAAUGUUGGUUUGAGUGAAGCAGUCAUCAAAUUCACUGAAACCUUUUCAACAGAACGUCCAUGUGAAUCUAUGCACACACAGAAGACCAGACAUCUUUACCUACAGCCUGAGAAGGAUUUCAGCAUAAUAAUGAUCAUAACAGUGCCUUUCAGCGAAAAGACAAAAGAUGGUAAGACAUAUCAUGAAUACCACGAAGAAGACAUCCAGGACUCGGUCUACUCAGCUGUCCUCAAACACGCCUACAAGCUCUUCAAGCUUUUUAUGGGGUCUUUCACAUCCAUCAUGGAGAACAAUGGAAUUGAUCAACUCAAGCACAGGCUAGAACACUUCUACAGUCGGUAUCUCUUGACCCUCAGGUUGAGUCACAGUGACAUCCUUGAGAUCCACAAUGGUAUCCUAUUCCUUCCACUUGACAAGAACACCUACCUGAGAAUACAGUGUUUUAUCAACCUCGUAGAGGCAUCGUUUAGUCAAAUAAAGUACACAGCAUUCCUGUACAAUGAUCAACUUGUUUGGAGUGGUCUUGAGCAGGACGACAUGAGGAUCUUGUAUAAAUACCUUACCACUAGUUUAUUCCCAACGUCCUUAGACACAGAGCUUAAGGAAACUACAAUCAAAUCAAACCAGACGCUAGGUAGCACGCACUAUGGCAAAUUUGUGACGGGGCCGACAGAUCCUCACGACCAACAGUCUUCCAGUCAAAUUCGACCUCCAAAGAUCUUUGUCAAUAAUGGAUCCCACAUAGAAGAGCUGCACCUUGUUGUCUACAGGGCCCUCAGUGCAACAGUAUGCCUGAUGGUUGACGGUUCAACUAUACCACCAUUAGACUGGUAUAAAAAUAUUGACAGUUUCAUUGGUCCACAACUCAGUAGUCUGGCAUCGGACAUUGGGGAACAGUACGCAAACAGGAAAGGAAGCAGUAGUGCCAGUCAAGAUUUCAAGUUUGUCUACUUCAAUCAGAUGAACUUGGCCCAGAAGACAACGGUACACAACCGCAAGACAUCCAGCGCAACGAUAAGUCCCGAAAUGGUUCGACUCAUUAGCGACAUCAAUGCAGAUUUUACAAGAUUUGAAGAGGACGGUGAGACGUUAAUGAAGACCAUGUCAGAUUGUUGGGUCGUCGGCAAGAAAUCUGACCAGCGAGAAUUCUACGUCGUCAUCAAUCAGAAAAAUGCAACCCUCACGGAAAUAAACGAGGAGGUCAAGAGACUAUGCGCUGCACAUUUCACCAACAUCUUCUUCCUAGAUUGACGAGACGUCAUCCUUGAACCCUCCGGACCCAGCAAUAUGACUCUGGAUAGUACAGCAUGCACAUCAGGACCUACGUUACCCUCCCAAAGUCGACUGUGUCAAUCUGUAUGGGGAAAUGGUUUGGCUUGUUUUAGCCUAGUGACUGUGCCAAAAUAGCUCCCAUCAAUUUGAGUGGAGUCAUUUUCAUAAUCAACCAUGACUACCACCACCGACCCAUUUUUGUCCACCACUUAAUACAAUGUACACUACGUCACAAAAUACCCGCAACUUUAUUUUUGCGAGGCUCUAGUGUCGGCGAGGAAAUACGUACCGCCAUUAUUUUGAUACCAUUUUAAAGCUUGGAAUGUUAACUUUAUCCCUUGCAAGUAUUGGUUUGAUAAUUAAAAGAAUUUUUAAAUUAUUCGUGUUCAAAUAAAGGCAUGUAGAAAACAAACUCAACCAUUUGAAGGAAAGUUGAU